AUGUCGUCAUCAACGACAGCCACCAAAACCACUGCCACGCGGGGCGGCAGUGACGUCGGAACGAUCAAGCAGUCGACGAUUUACAAGAGUCUCGUGACACCCGUCAUCUUCGUCUCGUUCCUGCUGUCCCUGGUGUGGGUUGAUAUUAGGUACACCAUCAAGAGAUCAAGAAACCACAGCCAAGGAGGCUGGAUGCCCUCAUGGCUGCACAACGUUGUGUACCGAAGCUCUCCGUAUCAUUACGUGCAGGUCAGAGAGCCAAAGGGUCCGAGGCCCAAGGGCGAGCAGGAGGAGUGGUACUAUCACAGCAAGCAGAAGAAGCUGAUGCGUAUGGAGGUCGACGACGCGUUCCAGAUGAGGGGACACGUUCUCGUGGUGCUGGCGCUCGCGUCGCUGGCCAUCGUUUGGGGUAUUUGGCUGUUUUCCAGUUGGGCGUGGAGAAGCCUGGGUAACAGGGCCUUUGAUAUCUGA